AAGGAAAAAUUGCUUUCUCUCUCUCUCUCUCUCUCUCUAUCUCAAGAAAAAGAAUCGCGACUCGCUCUUUUCGAAAACCUCGAAAAUCAGAAGAGCGAUUGGUGUGAGUGAAGAUGGGGUUGACGUUCACGAAGCUGUUCAGCAGGCUAUUCGCGAAGAAGGAAAUGAGGAUUCUGAUGGUAGGUCUUGAUGCUGCUGGUAAGACAACCAUCUUGUAUAAGCUCAAGCUUGGAGAAAUCGUCACCACUAUCCCUACCAUUGGAUUUAAUGUUGAGACCGUGGAGUACAAGAAUAUCAGCUUCACUGUGUGGGAUGUUGGUGGUCAGGACAAGAUCCGUCCACUGUGGAGGCACUACUUCCAGAACACUCAGGGUCUUAUUUUUGUGGUUGAUAGCAAUGAUAGAGAUCGAGUGGUUGAGGCAAGGGAUGAGUUGCACAGGAUGUUGAAUGAGGAUGAACUUAGAGAUGCUGUUUUGCUUGUUUUUGCCAACAAACAAGAUCUUCCCAAUGCAAUGAAUGCUGCAGAAAUAACUGACAAGCUUGGACUUCACUCACUCCGCCAACGCCACUGGUAUAUCCAGAGCACUUGUGCAACUUCUGGAGAGGGUCUCUAUGAGGGUCUGGACUGGCUUUCUAACAACAUUGCCAGCAAGGCAUGAGACAUUUGAAAAAUUUUGGUGUGGUCUGGUUAUUUCAUGCUACUCUGGCGGUUCUUAGAGAAGGAUGCUUUUACUUGCAAGUGAAUGUUGUAAUAGCAGAAUGUUUGUUAGAAAUAUUCUCUUUAGUGUGACUUGGGUUUGUAUGAUUUCUUAAAUUGGCUAAUACUUUUAGCUAUAAUUCGACCUCUUGUAAUCUCCUUUGGCGUUGCCUUCUUCAUGUUCAUUUUGUUAGUUUGACUAUCGA